GCAUCAAAUUAAGCUAUAAUAAAUAAUAGUGUUAGCUAGUUGUAAAUAAAUAGCGUUUUAUUGUUGUUAAUCACAUCAUCUAAAUGUCAAAUUAAGUACACUGGUUCAAGACAGUAAUAGAACAACCGUGCUUGUUUUAGUUUCUUUCUGAGCGGAGAUCGAAUAAUGCUGCCGAGGUCUGCAGCUGUAGUAAUAGUGUUGUUGAUUAUAGGAAGUGUGAUAGGAGUAGCAGCUGUAGUCGACUGCAAGCCUCAUCGGAUUGUUGUUGAUACAGAUGUUGCUACCGACGAUUUAUUUGCUCUACUCUACCUUCUCAAGCUCAAUACUUCAGAGUUUCAAUUAGAGGCAGUGACCAUCAAUGCCAAUACAUGGAGUAGUGCAGGUCAUGUUGUUAACCAAAUUUAUGACUUACUUUACAUGAUGGGGAGAGAUGAUAUUGCUGUUGGAGUUGGAGGAGAGGGUGGAAUACUACCAAAUGGUACCAUACUCCCAAAUGUUGGUGGAUAUCUUCCAAUUAUAGAUCAGGGAAUGACAACAACAGGAGGAUGUAGAUACAGGCAGACCAUUCCUAUAGGGCUUGGAGGACGUUUAGAUGUCGAUGCAAACUACGGUAUCAGGAAAGCUUUCCUACCACAGGGAAAAAGGAAAUAUACACCACUAGAGCAACCAACUGCUCAACAAGUGUUGAUUGAAAAAGUGUCUGCAGGUCCCACAACUUUGUUUAUGAUGGGAGCUCAUACAAAUGUUGCAAUUUUCCUAAUGAAUAAUCCACACCUUAAGAAAAAUGUGGAACAUAUUUAUAUAAUGGGUGGAGGUGUAAGAUCAAGCAAUCCAACUGGUUGUUGUCCCAAAAAUGCUUCAUCUUGUGUGCCUCAGCAGUGUGGUGACCGUGGAAAUUUGUUUACAGAUUUUAAUACUAACCCUUAUGCAGAAUACAACAUCUUUGGAGACCCUUUUGCAGCAUACCAGGUGAUUCAUUCUGGACUUCCUAUCACCCUUGUUCCUAUUGAUGCAUCAAACACAAUCCCUAUCACUAAGGAAUUCUUUGAAGCAUUUGAAAAGAGUCAAGACACAUAUGAGACACAAUAUUGUUUCAAAUCCUUGAAAAUAACUCGUGAUACUUGGUUUGAUGAUGAAUUCUAUUCGAGUUAUUUCAUGUGGGACUCUUUCAUGGCUGGUAUAGCCGUGUCCAUCAUGAGUAAAUCCAAUAACCAUAAAGGAGAAAAUGAAUUUGCUGAAAUGGAGUAUAUGAACAUUACUGUAAUUGCCUCAAAUAAACCAUAUGGGAUAUCAGAUGGCUCCAAUCCAUUAUUUAAUGGCCUAAAAGUUCCUAAGUUCAAUCUUGAAAAAGGUGGUGUCCUUAGUGGUCAUAUUCAACAAGGACUCAGAGAUCCUUAUUGCUUUGUGAAGAACGGCAAAGGAAAAUGUCAGGAUGGUUACACAAAAGAGGUACGUGGUGAAGACUCGGUGAGGGUACUUGUUGCUACAAAAGCAAAGCCUAACCAAGAUGUUGGAAGUUCGCUUGACAGGGAAUAUUUCAUAAACUUUUUAAAUGUUCUCAAGCAACCACAACAAGCAGGGAGGUACAACUUCACCACACAGUUUCCAUGCUACAAAAAAGUAACUUACAAACCAGACAUUCAUAAUAAAAGAUUAGGAAAACCUGUUUUGUUUGACAUGGACAUGAGUGCAGGAGAUUUUCUAGCUCUAUUUUACCUUCUUAAAGUGCCUGUUCAAGUAAUCGACCUAAAGGCAAUCAUUGUGAGUCCUACUGGAUGGGCAGAUGCAGCAACAAUAGACAUAGUUUAUGACAUACUUCACAUGAUGGGUCGUGACGAUAUACCAGUUGGUCUAGGAGAUGUUUUUGCAAUGAAUCAGGAAGAUCCAAUACUCCCAGUCGUUGGAGAUUGCAAGUAUGUUAAAGCCAUUCCUCAUGGGAGUGGGGGGUACCUCGAUUCUGACACUCUUUAUGGUCUGGCUCGACAUCUACCUCGCAGCCCGAGAAGGUAUACCGGAGAAAAAUCUGUGAAGUUUGGUGCCCCACGGGAUACAGAUCAUCUUGAACUUAGACAACCACUAGCUAUGGAAGUUUGGGAGUCUGUAUUGCAAACAAUGAAACCAGGGUCCAAUAUUACAGUAUUAACCAAUGGACCCUUAACUAAUUUGGCAAAGGUUGUUUCAAUGACUAACAUAAGCUCAAGAAUUAAGGAGGUUUAUGUAGUGGGAGGACACAUCAGCAGGAAUACAGAAGACAAAGGAAAUGUUUUUUCAGUCCCUUCAAACCAAUAUGCAGAAUUCAACAUGUUCCUAGAUCCUUUAGCGGCCAAAACAGUGUUUGAAUCAGAAGUUAACAUCACACUCAUUCCAUUGAGUAUUCAGCGUAGAGUGAGUUUGUUUGCAACGUUUAUAGGUAGGCUGCACGGGACAAGAAAAACACCAGAGGUUGCAUUUUCCAAGCGUCUGUUGUCAAGCCUAUACCAUUUGAAGCAAAUUCAUGACAGAUAUCACCAUAUGGACACAUUCCUAGGAGAAAUUCUAGGUGCAGUAGUCUUGGCUGAAAAGGCUUCAAGCCUGAAGCCGAAAUUUGAGGUGAAGCACAUUAAAGUCUUAGCUAGUGGCAUUGAAUCAACUGACGGAAAAAUGGUGGUGGAUGAGAAAAAUGGAAAGUUAGUCCGAAUAUUAAGCAAUGUGGAGGAAAAGGCUUAUUAUAAUUUGUAUGCAAACAAGCUUGGUGAUCAGUAUCAGUCAGCUAAGGUAGGAAGCUUUGAUGAACAAACAACAAAGUGGAGACAUCCUCAUGAUGAUGAGCCUAGUAAAGAAAAAUGUGCUCAAUUCCAUGGCUAUAAUUAGAAUAUUGUUGAAUAGUUUAUGAAAAAAAUAAUAUUAAAUUACACAAUUCGUACAACUC